CGUCUCGACGGGCUUCGACGGAGUGCCCAGGUGCCCCGGAUGCCCGCCGUAGAUAUCGACUUGCUAGAGCGUGCAAGCCACAGGUUGGGCAGCUGACCCAUGCCCGAGAAUUCCCCACAUACAUAUACCGAGCCUAACCAUGCGCACACGGGUUCUCGAGUCUCGAGCACGUCUCCUAUCGUGUGGAUUGGUGCCACUGAACUGUUGACAGUCGUACUCUAUCCGACCGAACGUCCGCAGAUAGCUCAGCUCAGCUGUUGCACCAGCCCGUCUAUCAGGGUCCCAUCAUGGUCAAGGAAUACAAGCAUCUCACUCCUGAGGAGGUCGACUUCUUCAUGGAAAACGGCUAUCUCAUCGUGAAGCAAGCCUUCUCCAGGGAGAAAGCGGCAGAGUUUACGAAGGACAUGUGGGUUCGCCUCGGAAUGGACCCGGACGACCAGUCGACAUGGCCCGUCGACCGGGACCGCAUCCACAUGCCGUGGCACAAGCGGGAGCCGGUCGCGACAUUCGCUCCUAGGGUCUGGGAGAUCAUGAAAGAGUUGCUCGGCGGCGAAGAGCGCAUCGACCCCGUCUCUUCCGCCUGGGGCGACUCGUUCAUCGUCAACCUGGGCACGCCCGCGCUCGCCGCGAACCCGCACCCGGUGCCGCCGGUCGAGCUCGACAACUGGCACGUCGACGGCGACUUUUUCGUGCACUUCCUCGACUCGCCCGAGCAGGCGCUGCUCGUCAUCCCCGUCUUCUCGGACAUCGCGCACGCGGGAGGGGCGACGUACAUCGCGCCCGACGGCAUCGACAUGAUCGCCCGCUACCUCGCGCAGCACCCCGAGGGCGUCCUCCCCGCCAAGCUGUGCUUCGUGCCGAGCGACAGCGCGACCAAGUACGCUGAUCCGCGCGACGACCCCGGCUACUGGUCUCACCUCGAGAAGGUGAAGGAGUGCACCAAGUUUGUGGAGCUCACGGCCGAGACGGGCGACGUCGUCCUGCUGCACCCGCUGAUGCUGCACUCGGCGAGCAAGAACCACCUGCGCAUCCCGCGCGUGAUCACGAACCCGCCUGUAGGGCUGAAGGAGCCGUUCUGCUUCGCGCGCGACGACCCGGACGAGUACUCGCUCGUCGAGCUCAAGACGCUCAAGGCGCUCGGGGCCACGAGGUUCGAGUUCAGGCCGAGGACCGAACGGCGGAGGAUUGUGCCGGCGCGGGUGGGCAUCCAGGCGAAGAUGAUAGAGGAAGAACAGGCACGGCUGACUGAGGCGAGGAAGAAGGUCGAGGGGGACGCUGCUGCGCGUGCGAUCGCCGUCGUCUAGACGGGCGGGGGUGGUCAAUAAUAUUGUCGUCAAGGGGAGCGUUGAGUCGAGAAAUCCGCCGGUUGACGCGGUGGCGGUGGCAGUGUCUCACCAAGUGUACAGUAUGUGAUGGAAAGCUUAUAGGGUCCGAUCGUCCGAUACCCCCUGCGAAUCAUGUGCAGAAGUGCGCGCAAUCAUCGUCGUCGGCGAUAGGCCGUCUAGGGCGGCGAAGAUGUCAAUUAGAUGGCAGCAGCAUGCGAGGGGCUACAGCGCUAUCGUACACAGGUGAAUGCGAAACGAGGUGCAUGUUGAGAAGACGAACAGAUGACGGUAUGCAUACAGAGCAUGGAAGCGUCGUGCCACGAUCGUAGAGUCCGCAAGAUGUCCGGAUAUAAUAUGUAAUGGCCGGCGGUCAUCGUCAGCGGCGCGUUUCGUACGUACUCUCACUCAACGUGGACAGACGACGAGCACAUGUCGGUUCAGAGGAUGCCAGGGAAGAACCACCACGCGACCUGGUUGGCGUACUCGUCCCACUCCUUGCCAAACUCCUUCCGCAGCGCCGCGUCCUCCAUCCGGGCGCGGCGGACGCCGACGGCGAGCCACCACCCGUACCAGAUGGCAAAACCGGCCCAUGCGUAGGCCAUGCUGCCGCCCGACAGACUGCCCCAAUUCUGAGAACCUCUACGGGAGGUCGAGGACAUGCACUCGGCAACCCAGCCUCCGGGCGAGAGGUCGGCGAGACCUAUGCCGGCGAGGACGAGUAGCGAACCUGCAUAGGCCGGGUGGCGGACAAAGGAGUAGGGGCCUGAUAUGAUGAGCUUGUGUUUAGGAAGAAGGGCGAGGUCGAAUGUGAAGAAGGGGCCGAGGGUGCGGUAGCAGGCGACGCGGAGGGCUGUUCCGGCGGUGACGAGGGCGAGGCCGAUGAGGAAGGAGUUUGUGGGACGGAUCAGAGAAGCAGGGGAGGUGGAGGUGGGGCAGAGG